AUGUGUAACGGGGUCCACAGGACAAAACUGACGACUUCAGGAAAAUUUGUUACCAGUCCACUGUGUUGUCCAAGUCGUUCCAGCAUCCUCACAGGGAAAUACGUCCACAACCAUGGCGCUCUCAACAACUCCGUGGUUGGUAACUGCAGCAGCGGCUACUGGCAACAACAGCAAGAGAAGACGGCAUUUCCAGUGUACUUACAGAAGCAAGGAUACACAAACUUCUUUGCUGGGAAAUACCUAAACCAGUAUGGUUUUAAAAAGACUGGUGGAGUUGGCCACGUUCCCCCAGGUUGGCAUUGGUGGAACGGCCUGGUGGGCAAUUCAAAGUACUAUGGAUACAGUCUUUCAGUGAAUGGGACAGAAGAAAAGCAUGGCCACAACUACACAGCAGACUAUCUGACCGAUGUUAUUCACAGAAGAGCAAUAGAUUUCCUGCAGCAGCAGACCAAACACAGUGCCCCGUUCUUCAUGAUGCUUUCUACCCCAUCAUGUCAUGCUCCCUUCACGCCAGCUCCACAGUAUAACGACUCAUUUUCUGGAAUCCAGGCACCAAGAGAUGGAAGCUUUGAUGUGCAUGGAAAGGGAAAGCACUGGCUUAUAGAACAGGCAAUAACACCAAUGCCACAUGACACAGUAACUGCUAUAGAUGACAUCUUCAGAAACAGGUGGCGAACACUUCUGUCAGUGGAUGACAUGGUUGAGGAUGUUGUCAAGAUGCUUCAAGUGAAAAGAUUACUUGAAAACACUUACAUAUUCUUUUCAUCAGACAAUGGCUAUCAUCUUGGUCAGUUCUCCCUGCCUAAUGACAAGCGACAGUUGUACGAGUUUGAUAUCCGUGUUCCUCUGAUGGUGCGAGGGCCAGGUAUAGAGCCAAAGCAUGUUAGUUUGGCUACAGUUUUGAACAUCGAUCUUGCACCAACAUUUCUUGAUCUUGCUAGAAUUCGGCCGCCUUCUGAUAUGGAUGGUGUUUCCAUGGUGCCAAUAUUACAUCCAUCAAAGACUACAUUUGAGGAUAUUGGUCGCAAUUUUCUAGUGGAACAUUAUGGUGAACAUACAGAUGAGAUUGCAAAUUGUCCACAGUACAAAGACCAAGGAAUGGCGAAUUGUAAUAAUCACUGUGUAUGUGAGGAUUCUUGGAACAAUACCUAUACAUGUCUCCGCUCAACAACUCAAGAAAACAUCUACAAGUUCUGUGAACUUAAAGACAAUCAGAAUUUUGUAGAAAUGUACAACUUAAUGCUAGACCCACUAGAAAUCAUGAAUGUUGCCAAAACUGCCAGUCCAGAACUUGUGUCCCAUUUGAGCCAAGAGUUGUCUUUCCUGUCUACCUGCAGUGGAAAGUCAUGUCACAGAUGAUCAAGUGUGCACCUUCAUCCUGGUCAUGUUUCUCUUGUACAUAGGAGAAACCACUAUUACCUUGAUGUGAUUUCUGUAAUUAUUGUUUAUAAAUAUAUGCAUGGACUAGGACAGUCAAAGUUUCUAGGGGUGGGUUCUAGUCAUGCUUCCUCUGAAAAUACAUUACAAAAAGAGAAAAUACAGCAGCAGAGCGUUUUAACCCCCCAGAAGCCACCCCCUGCACACUCAUCGGAUAUCUGCAGUUUCACAGAAACUUAUUCAAACAUAAUGUACAGAUUAUUAUUAUAAUUGCAAUGAAGUAAAAUCAUUAGAAAAUUAUAAUUUUAUGUAUAAAAUUCAUAAAAGAAAUCCAUGUCAAGUUUGUAUGUAUCACUGGUUUCUAAAGAACCACUUGUGGUUUUAAUUGUAAUUUAUUUAACACAUAAAUACAAACUUCUGCUGUUAAAAUGAUGUACGAGAAAAUGAUGGCAUUAAUGAAAAUGCAUCAUUAGACUGGUUUAUGUGUAUUUCAAACUGUUAUUUUGUUGUAUCUAUAAGAACUGCAUUUCACUUAACUUGGGAGGCAAUUAUGGAGGUACAAAAAGACACAUUUAUUAUGAAAUUGUUUUACUGUCCAAUUUUAGUUUUGAUUAUUGUACAAACGAAAACCAAUUGUUGCACACCAGUUAGAAAUAACAUGUACCAGUAUUCUAUGUGAUAGUGAAGCAGGCAUCUAAAGGAAAAUAAGGGCAAUUCCACGAGUCGAGAGACAUGAGAGGAAAAAUUAAAUUUCAUUAUUUCAUUAUACAAAGGUCACAAUGAAUUCACAAGACACCCAAUUUGCUGAAAAACUAAAAUUUCUUGUUCACACACGUCUUUCCUAAUGCUUCUGACAUCAACACAUAUUACAUAAUUUCAAAGCUAACUUCGACCAAAAAACAGGAACAUUAAGCCACUCAAAUCCCUUCCAUCAAACUGGCUUGCAUACUUUAUGUUACUCAAUUUAUAAUAUCAGUAGCAUCACUUUAAAGAAUACAGGUAUUUAAAAUAUUUCAUGAAAAUAGGUUGCCAAAAAUUAUGAUUUGAAACAAUGUGCUCGGUCAGUGUAACGACUGUCACAAAAAAUAUGAAUUGUUUAUGUGAGAAGAAAAUUUGACGGUGUAUAAUCAUGUCCUUUGUUCUCUUAGCACUAGUCAAGGUAAAGAUGAUAAAUAUGUCAAUCAGUCCUGAAAUUAUGUGAUUUAAAUUUGAGAGAAGAAAGGAAACUGGAAAAAGUCACAGGAAAAAGGAGUCUGUAACAUCUGUCACAUUCUGAUAAGUCAGAAAGUCUUCAUUUAGCAUCUUUACAACAAAAAGGUGGUUUUACUAUUUUACCUACAAUUAUGUAGUACUAUAAGUCAGAAAGUCUUCAUUUAGCAUCUUUACAACAAAAAGGUGGUUUCACUAUUUUACCUACAAUUAUGUAGUACUAUAAGGGAUUAUCCUGAGGUUUCUACCCUAGAAAGACUUUUGUUUGUUCCCCCAACAAAAUAAACACACACCCUGCUUUUUUCUUUUUCUGUGGGUUUUUUUUUUUUUUUUUUUAACACAUUUUACAUUUGAAGCUUUAUAUGGAUAAAUACACUUGGUAUGACCUCUGACUGAAAUAUUUCAUAUUUCGUAUGGUCUUUGCCAAAAAUAAUAAAUUUAUACAUACAAAAUAAUUUGAGACAAAAAAUUAUAUAGAGAUAUAUGCACUACAAAACAUUACGAUAUCCAGAAAUACAUUGGUUAUAGAGUAAGUAAGAACAUGUAAAUAAAUUGCAGUUUUAAUAAUGUAAGAAUACUUUAUUUGCCGAACAUUUCUUAAAAUGGCUACAAACUGUCACCCUUGUUCAUACUCUGAGCUAUUUUCAAGACAAUUCAAUUUCAAUUUUAAAAGGCAACAUACUAAAAUAUAUAGAUAUGUAACAUGUAUGAAAUAUUUCCAAACAAUGGUAAUCUAAAAAUACACCCAGACAUUGGUAGUCUUGUAACUUAUCAUUAUUGACAGAGAUUCUCUUUUUAUCUGCAGACCCUUUUAAAACCAUUUUAGGGGACAGUGUUUGUCUUAACCUGACAGUCUUUUCACAAGCUUUACCUUUAAAAUAAAUGAAGGCUGUUGCAUGACAGAAAUAUUCAAGAGAAUAUGGAUAUAUUGAUGAAUCCUCAGUGGCUUUGUAUUAAACUGAAAGUGUGAAAGUUUAAUUAAAAUUAAUCAAAAUCCACAUCAUGAUAUUCACCAUUUAUCAUCACAGCAGUAGACAAAGUACUGCUUUUUAUAGACUCAGAACUUCAUUUUAUGUCAGUGGACAAAACGUAACAUCCGUCGCACACAAUUAUGUUAUAAUUUCCAUACACUUUUAGUUCAGAGCUGAAUUGUAACUGGUAGUCAUCUAUAGCCAUGCUACCUUUACUUCAAGAGCAAACAUUGAUUUACUUCAAGAGCAAACAUUGAUUUACUUCAAGAGCAAACAUUGAUUUACUUCAAGAGCAAACAUUGAUUUACUUCAAGAGCAAACAUUGAUUUAUACAAUUUAAGGGUUUCAUACAAUUUGGAAAUGAAGUUAGCUGCUUUUUACCCAUGUCCUUUUGCAGUAAUGUUUGUUACGCACAUUUCUCAUUACCCACCAAGCCAUAAAUAUUUCUAAGCAGUUUUGUCUGUGGCACCAAAUAAACAUGAAUAUUGGUAAAUAUCAUACACAAGACCAAUUUACUGGGAGUACUACUCUAGUGAUCAGGUCAGUUGGAAUGACCUCCAGCCUCUCUGAAUGUAAUGUCCGUCACCGUGGAAUUGCCCAUAACAUGUAUCCUAUGUGAUAGUGAAGCAGGCAUCUAAUGGAAAAGAGGGCGGUAUAAUAUCCGCCCGGUCCCCUCCAUUAUUAUUUUUAGUUAGGGUUAGGGGUUAGGGUUGGGGUUAGGGGAGGGGGGGACCGGGCGGAUAUUUUUCCGUAGGCCCAUUAGGCUAUUUCUCACUCCAGCCAAUGCACCAUGAUUGGUACAUCAAAGGUCAUGGUAUGUGCUAUCCUGUCUGGGAUGGUGCAUAUAAAAGAUCCCUUGCUGUUAAAACAUUUCCUUCCUUCCAAUGGACGUAUUCUAUGUCAUGGUGAAGCAGGGAUCUAAUGGAAAAUAACUUCUGUUUUCAUUUUAUUAGUUUACUAUUGAAAUCGGUCAAAUAUUAACAUUCUGUACGUUCCUCUGAAUAUGGUCUAUAACCAAGUUGUACUGGUCUACUAGGGAGUUCAGCCAAAUUCUUAAACAGUGAAAUAGGAAGUAUACAAGACUUGCAUACUGCGCCAUAUUGUUUAACAUACAUGUAGAUCUACGGUAAUGUUUUGCUGCAAUGCAAAAUGGCUUGUGUUUUUUUAUUGGGAUAUAUGGGGUUUUUUUUCAACAAAAGCAUUCCAUUGUAGAAUAUUGUUGGUGUGUACAUAUUGUUAUUAACAAGUUGUAUGUAAAUAAACUACUUUAAAACGUUG